ACCUCCCGAACAGAAACUCCUAUCCCCAGGGCAGUUUGCCUUUCUUUCUAACAGCGCGCACUCCAGCAGAAGUGGAAUCCCCCAGGCAGGGCGGUCUCACCGUUGAGAGGGGGAUCCCCGGGGGGAAGGAGGCUGUGGUUGAGCGCGACCAGAGAGGAGUUGAAUCCGAAGAGCAGCUCGCUCGAGUUGGAGAUAUCCCCAGCCAGGGAGUCCGCGAACAGGUUCAUCUGCAGCAGCGUCUUUAGCAGCUGGUGCGAUGCCCAGAACUGAAUGCUGUGCUCCAGCUGUUGCCUCACCGGUGCUGAAUAGAGAGGAAGAGCCACCUUCAUAGCUUACAUGUGAUUCCUCUGCUUAUACAACCCAAUACUGGAUUUACUUAUUUUGGCAAGAGAGUUGCAUUGUGCACUGUAUUUAAUGUUUCGUGUACUGUAACCCUGGGUCUUUCUCUGCAUUGCUACUGUUAAACCCAAAUCCUGCCAAUCUCAAUUCCUGCCUUUGUUUACUCCUCAGAUAGACUGCUUUGCAUUCAUCCACAAUGAAUGUCAUCUUCUUGUUCUUUCAUUUUCUUUUCUUUUAAUCUUAAAAUUGGCCAAAAAGUUAACUAUGUUCUAUAAGUUGUCAGUCAUCUUUUUCUCCCUACUUUGGUAGUGGGGCAUUUUUCAAAUCUUUUCUUUGAAUCUCACCCUUUUAAAAUCCUCAAAUAAUUGACACAGUGGACUUCAUUAAGAGUUCACUUGGCAUUUCUUCUAAACUCAGUACUAAAGCACUCCACCUGUGAUUUGGUUAUCUGAUCAAAUUGGUAUUUUAGUGCUCACAUAGUCAUAAUUUUUAAAAAAGAGUUAUUUAAGAUAUAAGGUAAUAUGUGACUGUUAACAGUUUUCCCUAUGGGAAAAAUCAUGUAUAUAUGUAGUUUUUCUGUGGUAGUAUCUGGUAGUAAGUAACUACACUGACUUUACUCCACUUUGGAUAUUUUCUGUAGCCUAGAAAAGUGAAUCCUCUAAUAGGUUUAAAAAUUCUCUUCCCCUAAAUUUUAAUUCACUUCAAAAGUUUUUUCUGAACCUAAGUUACUUUGACUUCUGAGAUAGGGCAAAAGGGAGAAGGGAGGAAGGAAGCCAAGGAAGAAAGAAGCAUCUCUUCUUAUAGCAGAAAUGGUUUUUCUAAGAAAGGCCAGAAUGAGGUUCUUGCCAGAUAUGACCUGUCAGUAACCUAGAGGUGGGUCUUCUCCCAGAGAAUCAUCAAAGUUCCCAUUCCUAGAUUCUAGAGUGUUGUCAUUUUAGUGUCACGAUUCAGACUAGGGCAUUUUCCCCAAGUCAUUUUGUUUGUUAUAGUACCUAUUUUUUCCAUUAUAUCCCUUAAGUAAUCUUUUGCAGUUAGGAAGGUCCACUUUUUCCUGGUAAUAAGAGUAGGAAUCUCCCUCCCUCCUAUUUAUUCAUUCCAAAUCUCCUAGCUUGGCUGUAUCAUAGUUUUUCUCAUAGGGUUAGACAAGCUGAUUUCUGAGUUUUAAUGUUGCCUUCAAGUCUGGAGACAUGGAUCUAUCUUGAUGAACAUGCCUUACAUAUAUUAUAUGGAAAGUAUGAAAUCUUCUUGGUUCUUGGGUCCAUGCUGGAGAUCAGCAAGGCACUUCUGCUUUAAACAUUUCUUGAAAUAUGUACAUUUCUUGAGAGAACUGAAGCUAUAUUUACCUAGAGGCAGUGCAGUACAGUGGAAAGAACAGCCAUGGAAUCAGAAGACCUCAGUUGAAAUCCUGGCUCUGAUGUUUGCUACUUGUGUGCCCUUUGGUCAUUUAACCUCCCUGGGCCUCAGUUAAUUCAUCUGUAAAAUGAGGGGGUUGGAAUAAAUGGCCUCUGAGUUCUAGUUCUAGAUCUAUGUUCCUAACUAGUUUUAACAUUAUUCUGACAUAUCAAAUUCCCAAUAUGAUAUUUGCUUACUCGGCAUCUUCAACCCUCAAAUUGAAUAUUUCUUUCAUACGUCAGCUAUUACAAGAUAGUAUAUAGCAAUAAUGGUUAGUCCCUCUUGCCUGAAAGAAACUGAGUCACCUGACCAGUAUUCCAUAAGCAGAUCUGGGACUUCUCAACCAUUGUGUAACUACUAGACUUUACUGUUUUCUUCAUGCACACUUACAUAAGCCUUAUGAAAUUUCAAGUUUAGCUGACUACAAUUUAGUGGUUACACAGAUGGUAAAAGAGCCUGUUUUGUGGUUUCCCACCAUGCUUGGUAUCAGAGAUUGGUGGCUUUUCUUAGGUCUGUACUAUAUCCUUGUGGGUUUGAUGUGGCUAAGUAACCUUUCUUUAGGGAGAUGAUAUUAGUAUUAUUUCUUGGUUUCCCAAAUUACUAUCAGUGAUAGUUCUGGCUGGGAUAUUUUAUGUAGUGAAUUCUUUUCUCUGGGCAACUUGAAAGGAAUGAGCAGUGACAUGGUUUCUGUCUCCAUUUAUGGCCUUGGAGGGUGAAAGGAGCAUGGUUGGGAAUCUCCAUUUACGGCCCUAGGAGGGGCUGGAUUGAAGGGGUUUGCGUUUUCUUGGAGGCAGGAACAAGACGUUGUAAGAUUAAAAAAAAAAGUUGGCUGGGGAUGUUUGCAAUUCAAAUUCCAAUCUUUGUAAGGAGGGCAGAGUUUGCUGGGGUGGGGGAAUAUUUUGAGGUUUGAAUGAGAGAACCUUUGAAGGCACUUGUCUUCUUUGGUUCAAAAGCUUGCUCAUUGACCAUUUUCCAAAGUCCAGAUUUCUGACUUAAGCCCUGGACAGUCUUAGGGCCUAGAAUUCCAAUUGAGACAGUUAUAUCUAGUGGAAUUGUGAUUGUGCCCCUGGUGAAAAGAAAAGACUUCAAGAAAUAUUUAGUACCAACAACUUUAGUCCUUUAAAGGGGUCAUAUGAGGCACCAAAAGAGAUCCUGAGGAAGGUUGAAUUAAGUAGGGUGGUAGUUAUGCAGGGAAUAGGGUGGUUAGUAUUUAGGAUAGACUGUGCAGUUCAUCAUCUUUAUCAUCCUUUUAUACUUAGCGUUGUUCAGUCUGUAUGUCUAGCUUCAAGUGAUAUAUUUUGAAGUAAAAAAAUAAAAUCUGUUGUAGGUUGUCAACCAUUGUUUGAAACUUACUGGAGGUCCUAUAAAAGGUUAUCAAGAGUUUUGGUUGGAAUAGAUAAUAUAUUGACUUAUGGGAUUUAACCUUACAUCUAAAGGAGAAAUUUACAGUCAUACUAAUGCCUCCAAAUUAAUUCUGAAAUGAAUCAGCUAUGCAUAGUUGAAUACAGAAGUACUUAGAAUUCUCCAGGGAGUAAGGGGGGGGAGGGCAGAUUGUCUCUCAGUCAUACGGCUCAUGAAGCUAAACAUAACAAAACAAUGGAUAUUGGAAGGAUUGCAAUUGGGGGGGGGGAUAUGAAUUUGGAAGUUGGUACCAAGUCUUUAGUGUCCCUUUUAAAAGAACAUCAUAGGGUGUACCGCUAGGCUAUAGUAAAUGGUGUUGAUUAUCAGAAAUGAGAUGAAGAUCAUCCAAAUAACAGUUCCUGUUCUUACAAAAUUGAAAGGGAUGAACUCUAGAAGACAACCUAAAUACAUGUGUACUUGCAUAAUAUUUUCUUUUCUUUAUAUAGUAAUAUAGGAGGAAAGGAAAUAAAAUAUAUCCCCUUCUAACCCACUUCCUAAAACCAAAAAAGCAACCUUUAUUUGUUCAUUUUAGUUGACAGUUUGGGUCUUAGAGUAGACUGUAGUACAUUUGGUUCAUUAUUAGACUUAGGUAUUAGAGUACUAUUUCUUGAUAAUUAAUAUGUUAGAUUGGGAAUUUGGAGUAUUAUUGAUUUGACCUCUAUUUUAAAUUUCAGCAGCUUCCCAAGAAACAGAAUGAGUUAGUAAGGAAUACAGACUAUGUAAGUAAUAUAUUUUACUAGCUAAUUAGUUUAGGCAAUUGUUUGUUUUUUUGUUUUUUUGUUUUUUUUUAUAUCUGUAUUCCUCCUUAUCCUAGAGUAAGGAAGGUUGUAUUCUUUGCUUUGGGGAAUCCUUUUCUCUGUCCUCCCUUCCCUCACCUUUUUCCAAAUUCUGGGCACAAUAGCAGCUGUACUCUCUCUUCUGUGGCAGGUGUGCAUCCUAUUGGCUGGCUGGUAUUUCUUGGUUGUUUUUUUAAUGGGGGAGGAGGGAUAAAAUGUGUGUAUCGGGGACAUGCUAUGAUGUAAUGUUUAUUGUUUUAUAAUGGAUAAUUAACUGCAAAACUGUUUGAAUUGUAAUGUGUUUGAGUUAUUGCUGAAUAUAGUAUUUUUCUAAUAUAAUGAAUGAAAAUGAAAUCUAGCGUUCCUAUAACAAUGUGUCUGUGUUUGUCUGUUUGUGUCUGUUUAAUAGUAAUUAAUAUCUGUGGUCCAUACCUGGAAGAGGAAGUACAGAUUUAAAGGAAUAACAAAAGACUUUGUGUCUUAGACCCUUCGCAGGUGUUACAGUCGGGUGAAAGAACAUGGUGUUGGGAAAAGAAAGAGCAGUUACACAUUUGAACAGUUGGAACAGGUGUUUGGUCAGGGAGGAUGGGAUGCUCAGCCCUGCCAGCCUGUACUUAUUAACAGUAGUGGCUUGUACCAGGAGCUGGAGUCAGAUGGCAGCACUAUGGAGGAUUAUUCACAGGAGGACUGGGGAAACCACAGUCAGGAUCUACAUGGCUAUCCAACAGAUCAGGAAUUGGAUGAAAUGCCUGUCACAAAGAGAACAUUAAAAAUAAAACAAGAGUCUUCUGAAGAAGCACAGAAGCGUGACAUUAUGCAAAAUAUUGUGCAGAUUUUGGAAUCGGUACAGUUAAAAUGGGAACUGUUUCAGAGCUGGACAGACUUUUCCAGGCUCCAUCUUUCUAACAAACUGGCCAUUUUUGGCAUUGGCUACAACACCCGUUGGAAAGAGGAUAUACGUUACCACUAUGCUGAAAUCAGCUCCCAGGUGCCUCUUGGCAAGCGUCUUCGGGAGUACUUCAAUUCAGAGAAACCUGAAGGCCGGAUCAUUAUGACACGAGUACAGAAAAUGAACUGGAAAAAUGUUUAUUAUAAAUUCUUAGAAAUCACAAUUAGUGAAGCCAGAUGCCUGGAGUUGCACAUGGAGAUUGACUGGAUACCCAUUGCCCACUCCAAACCAACUGGUGGGAAUGUUGUUCAAUAUUUAUUGCCAGGAGGCAUUCCCAAAAGCCCAGGCCUUUAUGCUAUUGGCUAUGAAGAAUGUAUUGAAAGGCCACUUUCACCCCACUUGGAACGAAGUACCCAGGACAUAGGAAAGGAAGCCCGAGGAGACACAGAGACUCUUUCAUCACAGGCUUCUUUACAAGUGGACAUGGAGUCCACCCGCAUUAUCUAUUGCUACCUUGGGAUUGCCGAGGUUCGGACUCUACAACAAUGCUUGUUUUUACAUUUCCAAGCGAACACCAAAACCUUCAGUAAAGAUUGGGUUGGUAUCAAUGGCUUUUUGUCUCAGAACUGCAUUGUGGAACCUGGUGUUUCCCCUAAGUCCAUCUAUAUCAAAUUUGUGGAAGUAGAAAGGGACUUUCUUUCCGCUGGGUCUUUAGUGGAGUGCCUGGAAAAAGCCAUUGGAUAUCCCUUAAAAUUUAACAACUGAUUUCCAUCCUUCAUAAGGAUUUGGGUUUUGUCUCCCUUUUCCCUCCCCUUAUCUGCCUCUCCCAUAUACCCACUGCCAUCGGACUCUUCAUGGAAAUUGUCUUUCCACAGUUGGGCCAGUACAACUUUAAAGGAAUCAAAAUGGACUUCAAGGACGAAGCAAAAAAACCACUCCUGAUAAAUGCUCAUUCUGAGCAAGCAAGACACAAUGAACUUGCAGGGUGGGUCAGCUGGUUUGUUUGUUUGUUUUUUUUUUUUAAACAAAAAUUUUUUAAAUUCUAUGGAUUUUAGAGCCCUGAUAUAAACAACUGUAGGUACAUUCCACAUUGGACCGAACUUAUACUUUGAGUUUCAUAUGAAAUUGAAAAACUGUAUUUUUUUCACAAUGUUUCAUUUUUACACAUCUCUCUAUGUCUCUAUAUAAGUGUUAUUUACAGCCCUGAAUAAAUAAGCAAUAGAUAAUGGCAAGUUAAAUCUUGAGUCACAUUAAAUGAGAUUUUUUUCAAUAUCAUUUUUAGCUACUAUUACAAAUAACUUAGAAUUCAUUUUUUUUAACCUGUCUUACUAUUUACAGCCAGUGUUGUCUGGAAAAAACAAAACGAAACACUUUAUUUUGUGAUGUAUUCACUUUGCUAGUUGUGUUGCCAUAUCAACUUUAUUAUUAUUAUUUUUUUUACAUUAAAAUGAUUC